GGGGAUUUCACACAGUCUCUACUAGUGAUUUUUUUGAGGCGGCCCAAAAUCUUCACUUAUUAAUUGGAGGACGAAGACACCUUAAAGCAGAGGACAUGCACGCUCACACACACACAGAGCCGUCCUCCAGAGGUGGUGCAGCAGCAGCAGCAGCAGCAGCAGCAGCCCGCACACCACCUCACUGUUUCUAUGUAUGUGCGGGCACAGUGCAGACAGAGGUUGUAAACAUGGCGGCGGACGGGAUGGUGCUCACCAACCACGACCAUCAGACCCGAGUGGGGAUUCUGACGGUGAGUGACAGCUGCUUCAGGAACCUGGCUGAGGACCGCAGUGGAGUCAACCUGAAGGACCUGGUCCAUGAUCCCUCACUGCUGGGAGGAGUCAUAGCAGCCUACAAGAUCGUUCCAGAUGAGAUUGAUGAGAUCAAGGACACUCUCCUGGAGUGGUGUGAUGAGCAGCAGCUGAAUCUCAUCCUCACCACUGGAGGAACUGGGUUUGCACCCCGAGAUGUCACCCCUGAGGCCACCAGAGAGGUGAUAGAGCGGGAGGCUCCGGGGAUGGCCCUGGCCAUGCUGAUGGGAUCACUCAAUGUAACACCACUAGGCAUGCUGUCCAGGCCUGUGUGUGGUAUCCGUGGUAAAACUCUGAUCAUCAACCUGCCAGGGAGCAAGAAGGGCUCUCAGGAGUGUUUCCAGUUCAUCCUGCCUGCUCUGCCUCAUGCCAUCGACCUGCUGCGUGAGGCCAUCGUCCAGGUGAAGAACACGCACGCCGCCCUGGAGCAGCUGCCCUCCCCCUCCCCUCUGCUGGCCAACAUGCACCUCGACUCCAACAUGCACACCAUGGAGCGCGGCACCCAGUGCGAGGAUGAGGAUGAGGAGGACGAGGACGAGGACAUGAGGAGAGGGCGGCACGUGCACAACCACCACCACCACCACCACCUCCAGCACGGCUCCUCCCACAUCACCGCAGCCGCCAUCGCUGCCAAGACGAGCCAUGCUGUGGUCAUGGCUAAGGGGGCUCCCUACCUGCCCGGCAACACACCUGCCCCGCCCACUCAUUUCACCUGCUCCUGUUCCCAUGACCAGCAGAUCCCGGACUCUAUCAUUUCUCGAGGCGUUCAGGUGCUUCCUCGAGAUUCAGCCUCUUUAAGCUCCACCCCUUCUGAGUCACCACGGGCAACACAGGCGACCUCCCGCCUUUCCACCGCCUCAUGCCCGACACCCAAGGUUCAGUCCCGAUGUGGCAGUAAUGAGAACAUUCUGAGGGCCAGCCACAGUGCAGUGGACAUCAGUAAAGUGGCACGUCGUCAUCGCAUGUCUCCGUUCCCAUUGACGUCGAUGGACAAAGCCUUCAUCACUGUUCUAGAGAUGACACCUAUUCUGGGAAUUGAAGUCAUUAACUACAGAGACGGUUUGGGUCGAGUGCUCGCUCAGGACAUCUAUGCCAAAGACAACCUUCCUCCAUUCCCGGCUUCCGUUAAAGAUGGCUAUGCUGUACGAGCCGCGGACGGCCCGGGAGAUCGCUUCAUCAUGGGAGAAUCACAGGCUGGACAGCAGCCCACCCACACAGUUAUGCCAGGUCAGGUGAUGAGGGUAACGACCGGCGCUCCGAUACCUUGUGGUGCUGAUGCUGUGGUCCAGGUAGAAGACACAGAGCUUCUGAGGGAGUCUGAGGAUGGCACAGAGGAGCUCGAGGUGAGGAUUAUGGUCCAGGCCCGGCCCGGACAGGACAUCAGGCCAAUAGGUCAUGACAUCAGGCGAGGGGAGUGUGUGUUGGCUAAAGGAACACAUAUGGGCCCGUCAGAGAUCGGCCUGCUAGCUACAGUGGGGGUGACGGAGGUCAGCGUGCACAAGUUCCCUGUGGUUGCUGUCAUGUCCACUGGGAAUGAGCUGUUGAAUCCAGAGGAUGACCUCCACCCAGGAAAAAUCAGAGACUCCAACCGCUCAACUCUGCUGUCCACCAUCCAGGAACAUGGAUAUCCUACCAUCAACCUGGGCAUCGUUGGAGACAACCCUGAUGACUUGCUGUCGGCUCUCCAUGAGGGAAUCAGUCGUGCCGAUGUCAUCAUCACCUCAGGGGGUGUGUCCAUGGGAGAGAAGGACUACCUAAAGCAGGUGCUGGAUAUUGAUCUUCAUGCUCAGAUCCACUUUGGACGAGUCUUUAUGAAGCCAGGUCUUCCUACUACCUUUGCCACAGCGGACAUUGACGGAGCACGGAAACUCAUCUUUGCUCUGCCAGGUAACCCAGUGUCUGCAGUGGUGACAUGUAACCUGUUUGUGAUUCCUGCUCUGAGGAAGAUGCAAGGCAUUCUGGAUCCUAGACCUACAAUUAUUAAAGCUAGGCUCUCCUGUGAUGUGAAGCUGGAUCCCAGACCAGAGUACCACCGCUGUAUUCUGACCUGGCACCACCAGGAGCCCCUGCCCUGGGCACAGAGCACAGGCAACCAGGUAUCCAGCAGGCUAAUGUCCAUGCGUAGCGCCAACGGUCUGCUGAUGUUACCUCCCAAAACAGAGCAGUAUGUGGAGCUGCAUAAGGGAGAGGUCGUCGACGUCAUGGUCAUCGGACGGCUAUGAUGCAGACUUCUAUGUCACUCGCUACCGAUUACCAUGGCAGUGCCAGGACUUCCUGUCAGGACAGGAAACGGGCGGGGGCAGGAAGUGAUGCAUGUCUACCUGGUCGCCAUUAGCUGUGAUGUCAUAUGCAACAGCCAAUCGGAGCCAGCGGAGGCUGAAACCUCAUUGGUCUGCUCUGAGGAGAUCACUGUUCAAUGGAGAAAAAAAAUAUAUAUAUAAAAUACGAGAUUUAUUCUGUAAUAUUAUUAUCCUGAUGAUAAUGAUUAUUAAUAUUGUUAAUUAAUAUUCUAUUUAUUAUUAUUAUUAUUAUUAUUAUCAUGGUUCUGAUUGAAUAUUAUCAUCUUAGUAGUAAUCAUCCCCUCUUCUCUCCUGUUCAUUUGCUUUGUGCGUUGGAUAUUUUUCCCUCGUAGAUAUAGAGACUUAGAGACUCCUUCCUCCACCUCCUUCUUUUCCUUUUCUCUCACCCUCUUUUCUUUUCUAGAACACCAUAUUGAAACCCCCUCCCUGCAGUAUCACUACGCCUCCCCGACCUACACUAUUGACAGAAAUAUGAGCGUAUAAAGACAUCAUUUUUUGAAGCUGCUGAUAUAGUUUGUGCCAGUACAGUAUAUAUAUAUAUAACAUUAUUUUUGCCAAAAAAUACAACGAUAACUUGUUUUUAAUUUUGUUUUAAUCAUACUGAGACAUUAAAACUUUUCAUGACUCACAGAAAUGAUCAAAAAUAAAUAUGACUUGACUUUUUUCUGUCAUAGGUCAGGUGAGCCACAUACAGUAUAAAGUAUUAGUCUAACCUUACCACUUGUGGUGUUUGAUUUACACAACAUCAUAGUUGACACCACAAAACUGCAGUACAAAAUAUAACAACUUGGUAUUUGCAUCUCUACAACUAUUAGAGGAUAUUGUUGUGAAAUUCUAUGUUUUUCUAUUAUCAACAAAUCACAUCAAAAUGACCAGAAUUGUCAUAUUUCUAGUCAUUAUGCUAAGCUAACCAGCUGCUGGCUUUAACUUCAUAUUAAUAAACACAGAUGAGAGAGCAGAAUGCUUCAUAUUUUUUUAUUAAUCUCGUUAUUUUACUUUGGUCGUAUUUACCAAAAUGUAUAACCAUUUUUUUUUAAACGGGACAGAAUAGUGCAUUUACAAAAACAGCUGGGCACUUAUAAUAAUAAUAAUAUGUUAUAUUUAUAGAUUGCUUUUUAAGGUGCUCUGAGACACUUUACACAUACAGGUCAAAAUUCAUAAAACAAACAAAAUGUACCAUAAUAGUUAUUUACAUGCUACUCUAGAAUUUGAGCAAACAUGACAUGUUGGGGACUUCUUUUUUGCCACGGAGAAUUCAAAUAUGUAACAUAUCUGUGUGAUUGAGUCAAAAUGAACCAUAGACCAUGUGUUCAAGGUGAAAACAAAUGGACUUCACUUGUUCAAAAGUGUGACUCAGCGAUGUGUUUUUUGUCAAUUUUGGACAAAAAGGAGCUCUAUGGCAGGAAGAAGAUAUUAUGGGUUUGAUGCACACAUGAUAUUCCAUCAUAGGAUUCAUUUAUAACUGGUUUGGGACUUUUCAUGUGAUUUGUUGACUACGGAGAAAAAUAUGUCCUUUUAAGUAUAGCCAAAGAUGAAUGAAUAUGUGCCGGUUAGUCUCAAAGGCUGGCUUCUGUUUGGCCAAUCAGCCGCCUCCAUCUUUUUCAAACCACAACAACAUGAGCGAAAGUGCUGCUUGAGUGAGUUGUGACAGACCGUUUUCCCAAUUCAGAGAAAACUCCGACCCGACAUCACCUGAAAGCAGGGUGUCGCGUUCAGGUGCUCGGGAACUACACAACUAGUGUUUUUCCUACCACAACCGUGUUAAGGUGCUCGUUAAAGUCAAAAUAAUCCAAACAGUUUAACGCUGUCUCUCAAUAUACUGUACAUAGUCUGAGCAUCACUGAGAAAUAAAGAAAACAUGUUUGAUAUUUAGCCCACAAUCAAAGUUUACUAUUAGCUUGAGCCAGUUAGCUGCUGUAUCCUGCUGAUCAAACACUUCAAUGGUUUACCAAUUUAACAAGGACCGUUCAAAUGCAUCAUAUGCAAACUGUGAGUCCCAAGCAUUCACCUAUGCACCAUACCUUAACUCCUCUAGCUCUCCUGAUUCUUCCUAUCAGUGCCACACAAAUACACAAGGUCAAAUGCUGCAUUCAGGUCAUAUUGGAAUAACAGUACAAAAUGAUGGUACUUAUUUUAAUUUAUGGUACUUAAAGUGGUCAAACAUUUAAAAAAAAAAGCUGGUCCAAUGUCUUUCCUAAACACUUUUCUUUGAUCUUUCAUGGGGUUAAGGAAAAGACAAUGUUCCUAAGAGGGGGAAAACUACAAAAUGUUUCUGUAUAUGGAUUAGCAGCGCAUCUAGAUACCUCACCGUUCUUAUCAUAUUUUUUCAAGCAGGCUUUUAAACGCGGCCGAAAGAGAAAUAUAUUACUUCAUUACAAUGUUUUUUUUUUUAAAAACCUCACUUUUUGGUUUAACUUGACAAACUUCAAAACAUAGGUAUUUUACAACUUAAAUGAUCUGUGUUUGUCGGUCAAUAUUGGUUGUUUCUGAUUGGUCGAAUGGUGCCAUACCUUAAAUGUUGCAACCACAAGGAAUUGUGAGUUAGUUUUCUCUAAUUUCGUAAAGGAUUGUUCAGCGUAUCCUAAGCUAAAAAUAUAUAUUUUGGGAAGCAUUGAAGCUCCUUUCCUAUAGAGAAUUCAAACGGCUCUUAUCAUUGCUGCCACUGAGGUUCUUCCGGGUUAUUAGGAACCUUCCUAAGAGAAAGAGUGUAUUAAACCGCAACCCAAGAUGUUUUCCUAGAUGCCUCUGAUGAUCUUCAGUAACCCCAAAAUAUAUGACGUCAAGAUCAGAAGCUUCUAUAUUUCCUGUGUGAACUGAAUGCAGCACCAUAGAGAACUCCUGAGCUUUGACCCCUCUCUCUUGAUAGGCUGAUGCAGUCUUCCUCCACCCCUCCCCCCUGUCCUUCCUCACAUCUCAUCUUCCUUUUUUUCUUCCCUCCUUCUCUCACUUGCAUGCCAAUACAAAGGGGGCGUGUCCUCCUCUUUAGGCAGGUGUCAUUUCAGGCGUGAGACGAGGGUGCAGCACCUGGGCACGACUUCUGAUCUGACUAAAUGUUACAGUUCUUUAUGUGACAAGUGGUGCGAAAAAAAUAAAUAAUCAAAGUCCAGACUCUGGUAUCACACUGUCUUCUCAUUUAUUCCUCUAGCUCAGAUAUCAGAACAUUCCCAGUUACCUCAAAUGCACCAUAUGUCAAUCAGUGGCUCAUGCUGGGUUCAUGUCUUAUAAGAAAAAACGGAAGAACAGGGUGACUUAUUUUGCAAAUUCAUACAGUGGUAGACCACAUCAAAUUAAAUAAAAGAAGUUUUAAAUUGACAUGUUUUUUCGGCAGCUGAUAUUUACGAUAAACCCAUUAUUACACGAACGCAGCAUCAGAACACGUCCUGACACCUGCCCAAGGAGGAUGAAUCAAACCCAGAUAGAUUCAUUUGAGUAAGAAGAAGCAGGUUUUUGUUAAACUGCCUUUGUACUGAGUGAUUGGUAACACUGGACUGAACUCAGUGUCACACUGCACACACUAUAAACUAUGACCAGCACUUGUAAUGAAGCAAUGACACAGCAUUCUACUACUACUGUAUACAAAUUAUGAAGAGGAUGUUUUUUUUCUGUAAUGAUAUUAUUGAAACUGAAGAUGAAUUAAUAAAAAUAAUCCUGAUUAUUCUGUA